CGCAUGCGUACUGUAGCAUGACCUGACAUGUCUGUGUGUGCGUAGUAGUCGUCCGACUUGCUCCAACUUACCACCCAUUGACAUCUGUCCUGCACUCUUAUCCUCUAUUAAACAUUUACCCAGCUCCUCGUGGUAAGGGGACUGCGGCAGCGGUGCUGUCCUGCUCAGUUUCUGGAUGCAAGCUGUGCAGAAACUCAUGAAGGUCUUCAUAACACGACGCAUUCCCCCAGAAGGGGCGAAGCUACUGUCCCAGGCCGGAGUAUAUGAGGUGGCCCAAUGGGACUCCGAUGAACCAGUGCCCAGGGCAGAGCUUCUGAAGGGGGUGGAAGGAGCUCACGGAAUUCUGUGUUUACUCUCAGACAAGAUCGAUGCAGAGCUCCUGGAUGCUGCAGGGCCCAACCUGAAGGUGAUCAGCACCCUCUCUGUGGGCUUCGACCACAUGGCCAUGGACGAGAUAAAGAAGCGCGGGAUACGCGUCGGAUACACACCGGACGUCCUGACGGACGCCACCGCGGAGCUCACCGUGGCGCUGCUGCUGGCGGCCGCCAGAAGGCUCCCGGAGGGCGUGGAGGAAGUCAAGAAUGGUGGCUGGAGCUCCUGGAAGCCUCUGUGGCUGUGCGGCUACGGUCUGUCUGGCAGCACCGUGGGGGUCGUCGGACUGGGACGCAUAGGCUUGGCGAUCGCCUAAAGACUGAAGGCCUUCGGGGUGAAGCGUACGCUCUAUUCUGGAAGAACAGCCAAGGCCUACGCAGGCGAGGUCGGCGGAGAGUUCGUACCACUGGACACCCUGGUCGCUGAGAGUGACUUCGUGGUCGUGUCCUGUUCCCUCACACCCGACACCAAGGGCAUGUGCGACCAGGCCUUCUUCAACAAGAUGAAGAAGACGGCCGUCUUCGUCAACUCCAGCAGAGGAACUGUGGUGAACCAGGAGGACCUGUACCAGGCUCUGAGCACUGGCCAGAUCGCCGCGGCCGGUCUGGACGUCACCACGCCUGAGCCCCUGCCAACCGACCACCCGCUGCUCACGCUCAAAAACUGUGUGGUUCUGCCUCACAUUGGUAGCGCCACGUACUCCACCAGAGGCGUGAUGGCCGAACUGUCCGCUCAGAACCUACUGGGAGGCCUGCAGGGCACUGACAUGCCUAGCGAGCUGACCUUCUGAGGGGCAGAACCGCUCGCCUCAACUGCGCCCUCUUCAGGCCUUCAAGAGUAAUGUCAGUCCUGAGCAAAACGGUGCCAUAAGAUUCAAUAGGAAAACAAUAAUACGAGGAGAACCGAGAAUUGCUGCUAGGAUACGGUUAAUGAUUCAUCUUUUUAGAUAGUCCUUUUAGUACCCUAAAGACCUUUGUAAUUACUAACCGAUAUAAACAAUACAAUUCAGACUGUGAGGAGUAAAUGCAGAAUAUUGGUUUAGGAUAUUUGGAAAUGCAGUAUACUUUGGAGAAAACUUCCCAGCACUCCUACAAUGCACUUACAUGUUAUGUUUUUCUUCAAAACAUUUAUCAAUUUUUCCAUAUGCAAGAGGAUGGAAUUAAAUUUGACUUCAAAUUAAA